ACAAACUUCAAUAUUUUCAGCUUUGACAGAGGACUUAAACCAUCAGCAACAACAUAUCUAUCUUUUUUCAAACAUUUUCUAGUUAAAAUUUGGACUUUUUUGUACUUUCAGGUUCUGGUUAUUUGCAGCGUGUUUGUAACUUUUCACUGUUUAUAACUGUUGUGUCCCCCCCCGACUGUGUUUCAUUUCUGCCAGGCACAAUGGCUCUUGGAGUGCUUAAUUCACAAGUUAAAAAUUCCCUGAGUGGGAGUGUAUUUUUUGACCGUGGUUCUAUAGAGGAACAAACACCUCCACCUCCACUCCGCAGCUACCUUUGUUUGACUAUUUUUACCUGCUUUUGUCCUGCAUACCCCGUCAACAUUGUUGCCCUGGUCUUCUCUAUCAUGUCUAGGAACAGCUAUGAUCGGGGGGACUAUGAUGGGUCAAGGCGGCUGGGCAGGAAUGCUCUCUAUGUAGCUGUUGCCUCCAUCAUCAUCGGCCUCCUCAUCAUCACUAUCUCCUGCAUCGUUCAUUUCUCCACAAUGGAAUUUUAAUGUUGC